AUGAAGCUCUUCUGCGCGAUCGAUGGUGGGGCAGGCCCCGCGUUCGCGGUGCGAGCGGACGAGAGCGACACGGUGGACGACUUGAAGAUGGCGAUCAAGAAGGAGAAGACGAACGACCUCAAGGACAUCGACGCAGACAAGCUGCAGCUCUUCUUGGCGAAGAAGGCAGACGGCGGAUGGCUCCCAGACGACGAUGACCUGGACAGGAUGCUGCAGAACAAUGUGGACACCUCGAAGAUGGAGAAGUUGCGCGCGUCGCGGAAUUUGGAGGAUCUGUUUGGGACUGGCGCUUCGCUUGGAAAGAACGUGGUGCACGUGCUGGUGGUUGUUCCAAAGCCAAAGCAAGCGAUCUCGGCUUCAAUUGUCUCCCAAGAUGGUGUCUUUGAUCCCUGCAGUGAUCCGUUCUUCGCACAAUUCCCCGCGGUUGAGCAAGUAGGCGAUUGGCUCGAAUUUUCGUCGUUGCUGCCGUUAGCAAAACGUCAGAAGCUCUACAUUCGUUCUUCGUACAAAGUGAUCGCCGACCAAGCACUGAUGAAUCCAGAUCGGACCAUGGUCAAGUAUGCUGUCGUCACGGGCACGCCUGGGAUAGGCAAGUCGGUGUUCGUCUACUACAUGAUGUGGAGGUUGAUCAAGGAGAAGAAACGCGUGCUGUUUUUCUCCAAGAAGGGACCGAUUUACUUUGAUGGGUCGACGAUGUUACUGCCAAAUAAGUUUGACCAACGAUUUUGGUCGCCUGACCUGUGGUGCCUCGUGGACUCGGUCGAUCCAACCGCUAUGACGGAAUUACCGAUAGAGGACUGCUCAGUACUUCUCGCAAGUACACCGCGACGAGACUGCAUUGGAGAAUUUAAGAAGCUCGUUCCAACUCCAGAUGUAUUCUACAUGCCACUGUGGACCACCUUCGCGUGCUCCACCGCGAUGUUCAGGCGGUACAGGAACGCCAGUGCCUUCUCCCCCUUGCGCUGCGUCAUCGUGUAG